GCUCAUGUUGAUAUCUUACAACUGUUGCUUAACCAUGGUGCCAGUGUGGACGCGGUGAACAAGAAGGGUGACACAUCAUUGCACGUAGCUGCACGUUGGGGUCAUAGUGAUAUUUUGCAACUGUUGCUUAACCAUGGUGCCAGUGUGAACACGGUGAAUAGUGAUGGUGAUACACCAUUACACGACGCUGCAUGUCGGGGACAUGUUGAUAUUUUACAGCUGUUGCUUAACCAUGGUGCCAGUGUGAACGCGGUGUACAAUGAUGGUGAUACACCAUUGCAUUUUGCUGCAUUUCAGGCUCAUGUUGAUAUCUUACAACUGUUGCUUAACCAUGGUGCCAGUGUGAACGCGGUGAACAAGAAGGAUGAUACACCAUUGCACGUAGCUGCACGUUGGGGUCAUAGUGAUAUUUUGCAACUGUUGCUUAACCAUGGUGCCAGUGUGAACGCGGUGAACAAGAAGGGUGAUACACCAUUGCACGUAGCUGCACGUUGGGGUCACAGUGAUAUUUUGCAACUGUUGCUUAACCAUGGUGCCAGUGUGAACAUGGUGAACAGUGAUGGUGAUACACCAUUGCACGACGCUGCAUGUCGGGGACAUGUUGAUAUCUUACAACUGUUGCUUAACCAUGGUGCCAGUGUGAACGCGGUGAACAAGAAGGGUGAUACACCAUUGCACGUAGCUGCACUUUGGGGUCAUAGUGAUAUUUUGCAACUGUUGCUUAAUCAUGGUGCCAGUGUGAACGCGGUGUACAAUGAUGGUGAUACACCAUUGCAUUUUGCUGCAUUUCAGGCUCAUGUUGAUAUCUUACAACUAUUACUUAACCAUGGUGCCAGUGUGAACGCGGUGAACAAGAAGGGUGAUACACCAUUGCACAUAGCUGCACGUUGGGGUCAUAGUGAUAAUUUGCAACU